GGCGUCCCCGGCGCCGCCGCUGCGCCGUCAUACGACGGAAGAUUCGCUUGCGCAUGUUUGACGCGUUCACGCGUCUUCUCCCCUGUCAAAACAGUUAUGCGAUCACUUUCGCGUAGUGCGAGUGCCGUCGUGAACGAUUCGCGCGCCGGCUAACGUUCCCGCGGACGCUCCCAGACGAUUGUAGCACGGCUGGUUUCCCAGGGCGCUGCGCGAGAAUCGAUAUGCCAGGAGGGCGACGGCAACCCGUUGACAACAAAUACACGGGCUAAACAAUGGAUCAAUACCGAUACCUCACGGCGAAGGGCAACCCGUAGGAAACGGUAAUGAAUCGCCGUUCGUUGUGCGCGCAAGAUCUCUCGGUCUCUCAUACACGGCUCUCGUGACCAGCGAACACACCGAGGUAAAGUUCCUGAGAGAACAUCGCAACGUCGGCUCACCUCUCUCGUGUGACGCACACGAGAGGAGUCGCAUACGCUUGAGACGCCGGCAUGGAGAAGCAGCUGGACAAUCAGCAGAAAACCUGGAAAAAGAAAGGCAUGAGGUCGAGCGCGAGCGCUACCGAGGUGGCGACGCAGUGCGUACAAGUGGUCGUACGAUGCAGGCCGAUGGACGAGCGGGAGACCGGCCGCGGUUACACCCGGGUGGUCGAUGUGAUCCCGUCCAGGGGUGUGGUCGAGGUGCGGCAUCCGCGAGACGACCCGUCCAGCGAGACUGUCAAGGUGUUCACCUUCGACGCGGUCUACGACUGGCACUCCAGUCAACAGGAAUUGUAUGAGGAGACAGUUCGGCCGCUGGUGUCCUCGACACUCGACGGCUUCAACGGCACUAUCUUCGCGUACGGGCAGACCGGCACCGGCAAAACCUAUACGAUGGAGGGUUCGAAGACGGACCAUGAGAAGCGUGGCAUCAUACCGCGCUCCUUCGAACACAUAUUCAACCACAUCGGCAGAACGGAAAACAUGCAAUACUUAGUGAGAGCUAGCUACCUAGAGAUCUACCAAGAGGAGAUACGUGAUCUGUUGCACCCGGAUCAGAGUCUACGCUUCGAGCUGAAGGAAAAGCCAGACACCGGAGUGUUCGUGAAGGACUUGUCGAGUGCCGUGUGCAAAAGCGCGGCGGAGAUACAGCAAUUGAUGAACGUCGGCAAUCAGAACCGGACGAUCGGCGCGACGAACAUGAACGAGCAUAGUUCGCGUUCGCACGCGAUCUUCAUGAUCACGAUUGAAAUGGGCGGUAUCGGCGACUCUGGCGGCAUCCGAGUGGGUCGAUUGAACCUGGUGGAUCUCGCGGGUAGCGAAAGACAGAGCAAAACCGGCGCCUCGGGUGAAAGGUUGAAGGAGGCGAGCAAAAUCAACCUCAGUCUGUCGGCCUUGGGCAACGUCAUCUCAGCAUUGGUGGACGGUAAGACCACGCAUGUGCCGUAUCGGGACUCCAAACUGACGAGACUGCUGCAAGACUCUCUGGGCGGUAACUCCAAGACUAUCAUGGUGGCGAAUAUCGGGCCAGCCAGCUACAAUUAUGACGAGACCUUGACGACUCUGCGCUACGCAAACCGCGCCAAGAACAUCAAGAACAAGCCGAGGAUAAAUGAGGACCCGAAGGACGCUCUGCUGCGGCAAUAUCAGGAGGAGAUCGGCCGACUGAAGGAGAAACUUGCGCAAAGAGGCGUGGUGCAGAAGAAGAAGAAGAAGUCAAAGCGGAAAAAAGAGGACGAGGCAAUCGACUCGGAUUCUGAGGCGGACGACAGUCGGGGCGAGGACAAUAACAAAGUAAGCGAGACCGACAAGAAGCUCAUAGCGGAGCAGCUGAGAGCCGAGAAACAGGAAAACGAAACUCUCGUUCAGCGGAUAAAAGACCUGGAGAGCAAGAUGCUCUGCGGCGGCAAGAAUAUAAUCGAUCACACGAACGAGCAACAACGAGCGCUCGAGCAGAAAGCAGCCGAGAUCGCAGAACGCAAGAGGCGCGAGGUCGAGAUGCAGCAGAAACUAGAGGAUGAGGAACUGACGAUGGUGGGCGUGAGGGAGACCUACACGACGUUGCAGCAAGAGGUGGACGUCAAAUCCAGGAAACUGCGCAAGUGUUUCACCAAGUUGCAAGCGUUGAAACAAGAACUGGAGGACGUCACGAGCGACUACAACCGGGACAGACGCGAUCUGGAACAGGAGCAGCACGAGCUGAUGAAGGAGCUCAAGCUCAAAUACCUCAUCAUCGAGAACUUUAUUCCGGAGGAAGAGAAGACCAAAAUCCUGUCCAGGAUCCAUCUGGAUGAGGAAGAGGACUGUUGGGUAGUGAAGGAUCCAGAGCCGUCCAACAUCGACACCAUCAAACGCCCGACGUCCGUGCCAGGCGCACGCAGACCGGUCUCGGAGUAUGCGCGGAUCGCGCUCGCGAUGGGACGAGGAUGCCGUUACGCUGGUGAGAACAUUCUCAAUCUGGACCUUGACAUGCCGGCGCGCACGACUCUAGACUACCAAGGACCGGCGAUCGCGCCCACGAUUCAGGCCGUGCUGGAGGAAGCGUUACGCGACGAGGGAGACAUCGACGUGGACGCAUCCAGCACGAGGCUGCGAGCCAAGCCGCGGCUACAAUCGGCGCGAGUCAGGCCGAAGAGCGUCACCAAGGUACAGCAGAUCCCGGCGCCGGUUUACCCCAAGACGAGAGGCCUCGUACCGAAGUAAACGAUCAAGAGUCAAACCCCGACCACGCUUCUCUUUUCUUCAUUCAUGAGAGGGGAUAUGUACAUAUUGAAUGAACGACGUGUCUUUAGUGCUUUAUUUAAUUGUUCGCAGAUUCAAGGGGCGUGUUAAUGCCUCUUACGUUGAUGAAACCUCGCGUUGACAACCGCCGGGACAAAGAAGAGGGCGGGCGCGUCUUUGUAAUUCUCUAGUCAUUGUGCAAUGCGUAAACACACGAAUAUGAAAAACAUGAAAUAAUAUGAAAAGCAUGUAACUGUUGUGAUAAUACAACAUGAAAUAGAUUCCUCGGAUUUUUUAAAUCUUCUUCCCUCCCAGAUAGACAAAUGUGUAUGUAAAUUUAUCAGCAACUUUAUCAAUCGAUUCGUAAAGAUUGCGUCCCUUAUGAAUGAUUUAUGUGGCACUCAUAUUUAUUACAUAGAAUGACGAAAUAGAAAUAAUUGAUCAAAAUUUGCUCGGAAUAAUGUCAUGUAAAAUGUAACAUGAAAAUCUGAGAAUAACUUUGAAUAAAUUUCUUCCCGCAUCGAUAUAACAUAGAACUCACAUCACUGUAUGAUGUAUAUGCAAUGAUUAAGGCUCCCGGGUACUUGCAUCGUCCAUUUCUUUUUAAUAACGUCAGAAGCGAGGAGACGCAUGCUAAAAUUUUUGCGAAAUAUAUUGAAAUAAAAAGAUAUAUCCGUAAAACGAUACUUACAAUUGAUCAAGCAAAUCUCUAAGAUAGUCUGAACAUUUCCCUUUUGCUCUAACAAUCAAUAAUUUUCCGUAAACAUAAUA